GCGAGGCGUCCAGUCAAUAUGAAGUAAAAAUCAUAAGUUUUGAAAAUUAACCCAUCAAUUCAUUUACUCUGUUUUACACUUUUUAUACAGUUUUUAAUAGAAAUUGUAUAAUAAUAACAAACAUACACUUUAUCAUUAAAGAUGGUAGCAUUUAUUUCUACUGCUUCUUCUCUCUAUUUAUCAUCCGAUUUUUGACUUGUUUGUUUUCAUGUGAUGAGUAGGUGCCAGUGCUCUAAAUUAUUACAAAAAUUUAGUAGGAGGAGGUUUGUUUCGAGUCAGAGAAGUGACAUUGAUUAAACAGCUGAUUAUAAUUGUUUAGAAAGUGGGGAAGAGCAACAAAAACAAGUUAACUUAAUAUAUAUACAUAUGUGCUCAUACUGUUGUAUAUAUUUAUCUCUUUUAAUUAACUCGUGUUGAUUUAUAUUUGUAUAAACGGUGUUUUACUAUGGAGGACGACAACUCUCGGCCAAUAAAACGUUUGAAAUUAAAUGACAAUCCCGAGUGGUAUACCUCUGCCAUAUUGACUGAUGAAUACUCCAAAGAGGUUCCACGUGUUAGAGUUUACCUAAGUGAAUUGGACAAUAAGCGACUAAUUUCGAAUGUAAUGCAGGAACUAAGUAAAAUGCUACCGCUGGAACGAAUGAACUUGCAUCAUUUAAAACGUGUACGACAACAGAAUAUUCUUUUGUGCCAAGUUAAUGAUUUAAAUGGUCAAAGCUUAUCUCGGUACUUAGAGUCUGUCGGACUUAGUCAUAAUGUAGUCAAUCUUUUGUGUAAAAACGUACGUGAAUAUGAUGUUCCUGCUCUACCGUCUCUGCUCCGUUGGCAAUAUGAGCUGGCGCAAACAUAUUGGCCUUGCAAAUUUCAUCCAGACAAAUAUAUGGAAUCACUCCACAAUGGAAGUAUAUUUAAUGAGAAAGAGCGAAACUUCCAUUCAAAAAUUAUGCAUUUGUUGGAAGGUAUUACAAAUGAGUUGGAGCAUAGCAAACCUUGUGGCAUCUGCAUUGAUCCACGAACCAAGGGUGUUGUUGCUUUGGCAAGUAGCGGAGCAUUAAUUAGUCCAGUAAUGCAUUGUCCCAUGAUGCUUGUAGAUUUCGUAGCACGCACACAAGAUGGUGGCGCUUGGCGACAAGAGGUUUCGCAUGAAUUCCAAAAUGUCAACGAAGAUAUUUACAAUGAUAUAAAAGUGAAUUCCGUCAUAAGUGGUAUACCCAAACGGGUUUUGGAAUUAAUACGUACUGAUGAGAGAUUUAAGGAUAUAAAAGUAGGUGCAGAAUUACCGAGGGGUAAAAUAAAAUGUGAUGCCAGUGAGCAAAAUACUGCUCAAAAUGUGGAUAACUUAGAAAAAUAUGGUCCAUAUUUAUGUACUGGAUAUGAUUUGUAUUUAAGCCAAGAACCGUGUCUAAUGUGUGCUAUGGCGUUGGUACACAGUCGUGCGCGAAGAGUUUUUUUCGAAAAAUGCUCUAAUAAUGGUGCAUUGGUUACACGCUUGAAGCUGCACGCAGUCAGGGAGUUAAAUCAUCACUAUGAAGUUUUUCAAUGUAAGAAGAUAGAUCAAACAAACCAUUUAAUAUAUAGUUGACGUCAUAUUACAUUUAAGUGUUGUAAUAAAAGUUUUUUAAUUAAGUAGUAAAGUUUAUUUGUAUACCAAUUUGAUUAUGACUAUAUUUUAUGCAAAUACACUUGGUUUUUCAUUUA